AUGGCCGCUUCAUUGGGCAAGUUGACCUUGAUGUAUCUCUCGUGUCGUCUGGCCGCAACCGAGUCAGAGUAUCGUGCCGGGAGUGCUAAUAUAAAACUUUACAUUAUGGAAAUAUUCAAUGCAAUGUUCGUAGAGCAAACAUUUUUUAUGAUAACAAUAACAGUGAGAUUCUCGCCUAGGCUGGCUUGCUCUUCUACACCAGUGAGUGGGUCAACUGCAGCCCUGGAAGUGGAAGAACUCGAAGCUUUUUCGGCUAGGCUUCCAAACGUGGGCUGCGAAGGUAUCGAGACUAGCCAGACCCUUUGCAUCGAACCUACCUUAGUCAGGGCUACGGGGCAGCUCUUGUGCAAGGAGGUUGCACGCACGGGCCUCCGAGGAAGUCCCAUCCACGGGUAG